CAUCAGUCGUUCCGAGGCAGCGUCCCAGAGAAGUCACCUCCGGCCAGACAAGUCAUUUCAUUUGCGACCGAAAAUGCGCGAGAUUAUCAACAUUCACAUCGGACAAGCCGGUGUCCAGAUGGGCGCGGCUUGUUGGGAAUUGUACUGCUUAGAACACAACAUCAACCCGGACGGAACGCUGAAUGCUAGCGGAGAUGUCAAGGACCAAGGAUUCAACACGUUCUUCUCCGCAACCGGAGAAGGACGCCACGUUCCUCGAGCGUUAUUCGUCGACUUGGAGCCUACGGUGGUCGAUGAGCUCAAGACUGGUCACUACAGACAACUCUUCCAUCCAGAGAUGCUGAUCUCGGGCAAGGAGGACGCUGCCAAUAACUACGCUCGAGGGCACUACACUAUCGGCAAGGAAGUUAUUCAGAGCACUCUCGAUAGGGUCCAGAAGAUGGCCGAUCAAUGUGAAGGGCUCCAGGGAUUCCUCAUUUUCCACUCGUUCGGAGGUGGUACCGGAUCAGGAUUCACUUCGCUGCUCAUGGAGAACAUCGCACAAGAUUUCGGCAAGAAAUGUCGUCUGGGAUUCGCUAUCUAUCCCGCACCCCAAGUCUCGACGGCCGUGGUCGAGCCCUACAACUCGGUCUUGACCACGCACGCAACGCUCGAACACGCCGAUUGCGUUUUCAUGAUGGAUAACGAGGCUAUCUACAAUAUCUGCAGACGCAACCUAGGCGUCGAACGACCGACCUACAAGAACCUCAACCGACUCAUCAGCCAAGCCGUGUCGGCUAUAACGGCUUCGCUCCGUUUCUCCGGUGCACUGAACGUCGAUUUGAACGAAUUCCAAACGAAUCUCGUGCCGUACCCGAGGAUCCACUUCCCAUUAGUGACGUAUGCUCCGAUUAUCUCGGCCGACAAGGCCCAUCACGAGCAACACAACGUGCUCGAGAUAACGAACGCUUGUUUCGAACCCCACAACCAGCUCGUGGUUUGCGAUCCGCGCAACGGAAAAUACAUGGCUUGCUGCUUGCUGUACCGCGGCGAUGUCGUACCGAAAGACGUCAACGCCACCAUAGCCGGUAUCAAGCAAAAGCGUUCGGUUCAAUUCGUGGACUGGUGUCCGACGGGCUUCAAGGUUGGGAUCAACUACCAACCUCCCGCCGUGAUCCCAGGAGGGGAUCUGGCAAAGGUUCCGAGAGCUGUGACGAUGCUCUCGAACACGACAGCGAUCAGAGAAGCAUGGGAACGACUGAAUCGCAAGUACGAUCUCAUGUACUCGAAACGUGCCUUCGUUCAUUGGUACGUCGGUGAAGGCAUGGAAGAAGGAGAGUUCUCCGAAGCGCGGGAAGAUCUCGCUGCUCUAGAGAAAGACUACGAAGAAGUCGGAGCCGAAUCUAGGAGCGACGGUGAAGAAGUAGAUGAACAAGGGGAAUACUGAAUUCUUCGAUCUCUAACAUAAGGAUAAAACUCCAUAAUUUUAUAUAAACCUAACGGAUGAAAUUCCGAAAACAA